CAAAACAGUUUGAAAAGUUUAAAAAAAUCAGAAACUGCGCUCGCUUUUUAGUUAAAAUCGUGUAAUUUCUCAAUUAAAAGUAUCUUUCAAACGGUGAAAUGUCCAUCCCCAACGACUCGCUGGAUGACGACGAUCUGCUAGCCCAGCUGGAUAUGCCGGCGUUCCCGAAACAGUCCGCCGUCCAAACAUCAUCGGAAGAAGGCGGCUCUAGUAGUUCCAAAAACGAAACGGCUCCAACUGUGGUGCAGCAGCCAAAAGUCAACAAAGGUAACUGUGUGCUGGUCAAUCCGAAACAACGCGGCAAUCCGUUGCUCAAAUCCAUCCAGAACAUUCCCUGGGAGUACGACGACAUCGUGCCGGAUUAUGUUGUGGGCGUGAGCAGCUGCAUUCUGUACAUCUCGCUGCGCUAUCACAAUCUCAAUCCGGACUAUAUUCACGGGAGGUUGAAGCAGCUGGGGAAGAUGUACGAGCUGAGGGUACUGUUGGUCCAGGUUGAUAUCCAGGAACCGCACAAUGCGUUGAAGCACCUCACCCGGAUCUGCUUGCUUGCGGAUCUGACGCUGAUGUUGGCGUGGAACGCCGAGGAAGCUGGAAAGAUAGUGGAAACCUACAAGAUGUUCGAGAAUAAACCACCGGAUUUGAUUAUGGAACGAGCUGAGCAAUAUCCGUAUACAAAGCUGGUUAGUGCGCUAACCAACAUCAAACCGGUCAACAAAACGGACGCUAUGACGUUGAUACAGAACUUCGGCACGCUGGCCGGGAUGAUACACAGCAGCGAAGAGAAGCUGUCGCUGUGCUCCGGCCUCGGGCCGAGGAAGGCGAAAAAGUUGCACAAAACGUUCAACGAGAAUUUUCUCAAGUGAUGGAAGUCGGUGGGGCUUAGCGUAAAAAUCUAGGUAGUCGGUAAAUAAAUUGUCUCUUAUUAUUUAAACGUU